CAACUUUCAUGAUCCUGCGGGUAUAGAAAAGGUUAAGAAGGAAAGAUUUACGUAUGGGAGGUUUUAUUAUAGAGUUCCUGGUGGUGAAACUAGGGCUGAGGUUUAUGAUCGUAUAUCAAGUUUUGUUGAAUGCUUGAGGAGGGACAUAGAAAUGAAGAAGUUCUGUCACGACCCUUGUCAAGAGAGCAACAUCAUCAUUGUUACCCAUGGACUGUCGAGUCGCAUCUUCCUCAUGAAAUGGUUCGACUGGACCAUUGAGCAAUUUGAGGAUCUUAACAGGAUAAAACUUGGUGAAUUUCAAGUUCUGCAAUUAGGUCAAGGAGGGGAAUACAGCCUAGCAUUUCAUCAUGAUGACAAGAAACUUCAAGAAUGGGGACUAUCUCCUGAUAUGAUAGAGAAUCAGAAAUGUAGAGCUUAUGGUCCUACAAGGGUUAAUUCGCAGGGAACAAGUGAUGUAUAUCCUUUCAUGGAUUGUUUUGCAGAAGAUUCAGAUGAUGAGAACACUAUUAUCUAAGUACUAGUCCCUUUUUAAGGUGUAUGUGUAAGUUAACUAGCUAAGCUGUUGGACAUCUCUACUAGUUAGUUUAUUGUAAUCAAUAAGAUUGUUAAAGUACUUAAUGUCC